AUGAAUGGACGGAUGGCUCCCACAAUUCCUGUACGUCCAAAUGUGAUAAGGACGACAAGCGGUACGAGACUUUCUUUACGACCACUUGCCGUAAGAACACGGAGUGUCAAUGAUCGCAAUCACGAGAAUUCCAAUAGUCAUUCUUCAGCGGAUACGCUUGCUGGAUCGAAAGGUAACGACAGCAGUUUCCAAGAGUCGUUAUUCGCCAUUCUUGAUGGAACCAAGAGAAUGACGUUUGUGCUUGAUCUGUGCGAUCAUGUCAACUAUGGCCCAGCUUUCUACAGGGUCGUUUUCGUUAAUCGAAUGUUGCGGAAUCGUCCACUUAUCCAUGACUACAUCCAAGGACACUCCUUGAACAAUAUUUGUGCCCCGUCUCCGCAAGAAUUCUCCGAUUUCAAAGACUGGGCGACAAGCAGCGAUGAAGAUGAUGUCCAUGAAGCUUUUUACUAUGCUAAAUUUUGUUGGUCUGCCAAAACAGAGCACGGGAGCUUGCGAUUCAUCACAGCACAUCCCCGAUCUGGUGAAGUAACUCCGGACGUCGACCCACUUAAAAUCCGGUCAGGCCCCAAAUGGGGCAAGGAGAAUGGCAAGGAGGUAACUAACAAAGAUAAAGCUGAUGAUGAUGACGUUGAUUAUUUCAAUCUCUCCGUUGCUCCAACCCUGAAGUCCACAAGAGACAGCGUAGGUACGACGGCAAGUAGGAAAUUUGAGCCUGCGACACCUCACACAAGGGAUACUAAAGCACAGAUGCUUCGGGAUACCAUCACACCUUCAAGUUUUGAAAUAUUCACAGAUUCGCAGCAUUCAAUUUUGUUCAAGACAACUUCCCCAGUAAGAGAACAUUCGUUGCCAUCCGGUUCAGCUCGUGCCGCGAACUUGGAUUGGACUCGGCAACCCAAUUCAUCAGACCUACCAAAGCACAUUCAAUUCAUCAAGAAUGUGAAUUGGGCGGCCACUCCCUUAGGACCAAUGGACACAUGGUCGUCGGAGCUUCGUGUGACUGCCAUGGACCUUGUGGCAACUCCAUAUCCGUUGGCAAUAUAUUGGGGACCACAGCUGAUCAUCCUCUACAAUGAGCCAUAUAUCGCCCUGAUCAAAGAUAAACAUGGAAAGUUGAUGGGUCGUUCCUAUAUAGACUCUUGGGCAGAAAUAUGGAAAUUUGUAGCCGACGAUUUUGAGAAAGCUUUCUUUGAUGGUCAGGCGACACUGAAAGAUGACGCCCGAUUUUUUAUCGCCCGUUGGAAUGAGGAUGUGCCACAGGAAACUUAUUUUCAAUUUGCUUUGAUACCAUUCGUCGGCAGCGAUGGUACCGUCAUAGGAAUUGCAAAUCCAGCCUUUGAGAAGACCAGUCACAACCUGGCCGAGAGGCGUACGAACGUACUGCGCGUGCUUGGUGAAAAGACUGCUCAAGACAAGACCUUGCAUGGAUUCUGGGCCCAUACUCUCGAGAGUCUGAUGGCUAAUAAGGAAGACGCCCCUUUUGUUUUGCUUUAUUCCGUUCUUGAAGAAGCAGACAGCGAUUCUCAGUCUUCCAUUAGGUCUAGCUCAGGGAAGGACAGGAAAUUCCUUCUUCAGGGUAAAAUUGGUGUCCCAUCCGGGCAUCAAGCAGCCCGUGAAAUCAUUGACUUACAGCACGGGAACGAUUACUUUGCAAACACCUUCCACAAAGCCAUGACGGAAAAUGAACCAUUACAUCUCUCUACUCAUGACAGCACUUUCAAUCUUGAGAUUUUUGACGGCAUCGACUGGCAAGGGUUCGGAACUCCCUCACGUGAAGCUGUGUGCUGCGCUAUCAAUCUUCCAAGUGAGGAACAUGAAACCAACAAGACCUUAGGUUUCCUGUUUAUGGGUCUGAAUCCCCAUCGUCCCUAUGAUAAGGACUAUCAGCUCUACGUACAGCUGUUGAACAGACAGUUGGCGACGACGAUGGCCUCAAUAGUCUUCUUCGAGGAGGAAAUUUCUCGUAGCGCCAAGGCUGCUGAAGCCGCAGCGAAGGAGAAAGAGCUUCUAAAGUACGAGUUAAGAGAAACAGCCGAAGCAGCAUGGGACACUGAAGACAAAUUCAAGAUGUUGGCUGACCUCAAUCCUUCAGGGUUAUUCAUCGCCAAUUUUGAUGGCACUAUCAUGUACUCUAAUCGAACCUGGUUUGAUAAUAUGCGUGUUACCGAGCACGAGAUCCAGUAUCGUAACUGGAUGGGUGUCAUUGCGAAGGAGGAUAGAGGUCGUUUUGAAGAUGCCUGGACGGCGCUGGUCCAAGAUAACGUUGACUUAGAUGAAGAGGUUCGCAUGACCUACAGCGGUGUCAAGAAUGAUCAUUGGUUAUCGUUCAAAGCGCAAGUUCGAUUUGAUGACAAGGGCAAGGCCACGGAGGUUAUUGGUUGCGUCGCAGACAUCAGCGCUCAGAAGUCCGCGGAGCACUAUGAGAAGCAGCGGAUGGAGGAAGCCGUAGAGCUGAAGGCUCAGCAAGAGAGAGCUACUGCUAUGACUAGUCACGAGUUGCGAAAUCCUUUGGGCGUCGUUCGCCAGUCUGCCGAUCUCAUUGCGGAAACGGGUCGGAAGCUCUUAGGAAAGCUACAGUCCGGCAGCUACCCGCGUGAGCAGGUUACGAAUUUUGUGGAUGAGACUGUGCAUCUUGCGGCCACUAUUGGGGUCUGCUCAGAGCACCAAAAUCGUGUUGUUGACGAUGUUUUGACGGUGUCUAAGCUGGAUGCAAUGCAAUUGCAGGUAACGCUAGUUGCAACCCGUCCUGUGGACGUUGCGACUCAGGCUGCAAUGAUCUUCCAGCCGAUGAUGGCUUACAACGACAUAAGCUACCGCUUUCAUAUCGACUCGUCUCUAGAAUUGCUAAACAUUGACUGGGUGAAUUUGGACCCAUCACGUGUGAGACAGAUUCUCAUCAACCUCGCCAAUAAUGCGGUCAAAUUCACCGCUGGCAGGGACACUCGCCAAAUUACGAUCACUUUGAGCGCGUCGUUAGAACCACUAGACGAUCAUGACGGAGUACACUUCGAGCCUUUCCGGGAUGAGCGAUUGGGUCCAAAUAAUCUACAAGAAUGGGAAAAUGGUGAAGCUGUUUACAUCUAUUUUGCUGUGCAAGACACUGGUCAGGGAAUGACUGAGGAUGAACUACCGCGAAUGUUCCAACGAUUUCAGCAAGCUAAUAGCAAGACUCACGUCACUUAUGGAGGCUCAGGACUUGGUCUCUACAUCUGCAGAGAACUUUCGAAAAUCCACGGCGGCCGCAUCGGAGUGAGCUCUGAAGCUAAUCGAGGUAGCCGCUUCGAGUUCUACAUCAAGGCUACGCGCGCGAAGGCACCACUGGAUUUCACUACCAGCCAGACUGACCGAAAGCUUUCCGAAGACGCUCUACAUCCGACUGUUCUUCUUGUUGAAGACAAUGAGGUCAACAUCAAGGUCGCCAAAAAGUCGUUAGAGCGCGGUGGCUGUUCUGUCCACGUAGCAGAAAAUGGCCAACAAUGCCUCGACGUACUUCGCCAGUCAACCUUCUGGCCCAGCAUCCGUGGGCCAAAAUUCAGAAUCAACGCUGUACUAUUGGACCAAGAAAUGCCUGUGAUGGACGGACUGGAGUGCAUCAAGAUAAUUCGUGAUCUUGAGAGGGAGGGGACCAUCAUCGCUCAUGUUCCAACAAUUGCCAUCACGGCAAACGCAGGAGGCCAGAUCGUUAAACUAAUGGAGGCAGGCAUGGACGACGUCGUCUCUAAACCAUUUCUAUUUCGAGAAAUCCGUCCCAAAAUAGAGGACCAAAUCAUGAAGUAUCCCGCUCCGGUUUAA